ACAGAUAAUUAGCCAAAAAACAAAAAUUCGAUAAAAAUUCACAAACCCGUGGGAAAAUACCAGUUUUUACACUUUGAUUAUUUUGACGAGCGCCUGAUUUCACCACACUGCCUCACAAUUAAUUGUCGAGCGUAACGACGGAGGCAAAAAAACUCUCUGUGGCAGUGGUGACUGAAGCAGUGUGCUCAAUUACUCGCACUCGCGCACAGACACGUCAGUGACACCACAGAGAGUGAGCGGUGAAUGACAGUCUACACUUUCUCAAAACUCUCUACAUAGCUUUUCCCCCCUGGACGAAUCGUCUCCUCACUCCAACAAGCCCAUCCAGAAAGUCUCCUCGUCCCGGCAGACUGCCCACAUCGAACAUGACGACAAUCAGGACGACGGUUGCGCUUGGGUUGACCUGUUUGCUCACCCUCGUGGUGGUCAGUCCACUGGUCAGUGCCAGCGGUGACGAGUUUCAGCAGCAAGUCAGUCACGAUCUUCCCGCCUUUCUCAACCAGUACGCAGUGGCGUCAUCCUCCCAAUAUGGCGGUGGCGGCCGCGGGGGUCCGUGCGGAGCGGGGCGCCGCAUGUGUCGGUCGGUGCGGCGCUGUGUGUCACUCUCCCAGUUCUGUGACGGGCGGAUAGACUGCCCGGACGGCUCGGAUGAGGAGGGAUGUCCAGGGGCCACCUGCAGGACUGACCAGUUCCAGUGCGGGGACGGAGAGUGCAUCCCACAGAAGUGGCAAUGUGACGGAGUGCGGGACUGUGUAGACGGCUCAGACGAGAAUCGUUUAUCCUGUGCCGCGAGGUGUCCCAGAGAUAAUUUCCAGUGUGGAGACGGCUCGUGCAUCCCCUCGGACUUCCUCUGUGACCACAUAAUGGACUGCCCGGACUUGUCGGACGAGCUGAGCUGCUAUGGGUGUGGCAACUGGGGCAAAAUGUGUCGGGGGGUCAAGAAGUGUGUAUCCCACUCCAAGUUCUGUGACGGAAAAGAUGACUGUGGCGAUAAUUCUGAUGAGGAUGACUGUCCAGUCGAGGAAUCGAACCACAACCCUUGCGGUCCUAAACGACGAAUGUGCACCAGCAUCAAGAAAUGUGUUGCUUUAUCUAAUGUCUGUGACGGAAAAGAUGACUGUGGCGAUAAUUCUGAUGAAGAUGACUGUCCAGUAGAGGAAUCGAACCACAACCCUUGCGGUCCGAAAGGACGAAUGUGCACCAGCAUCAAGAAAUGUGUUGCUUUAUCUAGAGUCUGUAACGGAAAAGAUGACUGUGGCGAUAAUUCCGACGAACAGGGUUGUUAGAAGGAAAUGAAUAGACGUGACCUGUAUGAGAUAGACAGCAGAUUGGGGGGUUGUGGAGGGGG